CCAAUCUUGUGUUUCUCUUCUUCUUCACUUCACAAAACACCAAACAAACAAACAUUCACAACGCACAGAUUUCCCGAAACCCACUUACUACUCUCUCUAUUUUCUUCUUCCUGCAUCGCCCAACCCUAACCCUAAACCGGUGGAUUUUCCGAUGGAGACGGCCACCAAUAUUCCCGCCGCACCAAUAACCACUCCAGCCAAGGGUUUCCGAUCAAAGAAUCAAGAACCCUCCAAAUAUUCCGAAAAUGUCAACCCUAACAGUAAUACCACUCCGUUUUCCAAACCCUUAUCCAAUCCUUGUGGUUCUUCUUCUUCUCCUUCUUCUUCUCCUUCACCUGUUGUGAAGAAAUCGUGUUCCAAGUCACAGAAGAAGCCACAAUCCUCAGCAGCAAAGGAGGGUGUUGUGAAUUCCGUGAAUUCCGUUCAGAAGAACAAGAUCAGGCAGAGGAAGUUCGUUGUUGCAAAGAAGAAUAAGAACAAGAAGUUCGAGGGGAGUGGUGGUGAUGGUGAUCGGGGUUCAAACUCAACGCUGUCGUUUUGUAAGUGCAAAGAGAGCAACAAGAACAACAAGUGUCUCUGUGUGGCUUACCAGAAUCUCAGGAAGUCACAGGAAGAGUUCUUCAAGAACAAGCAAGCACAAGAACAAGAACAAGAGCAAGAAGAUGGAGCUGCUGAGAUUGAGAGAGUGAUCAUUGAAGAAGAACAACGACAACAACAAGAAGCCAUAGAAGAGGAUUGUGGUGGAUUGGGGAAUGUUGUUGAUUUGGCUGUGAAGAGGAGGAGGGAGAAGUUGAUGGACGAAGCAAGGAAGAGUGUUCCUGAAGCUGGGCCAGGCAAGGUGAUGCAUUUGGUCAAGGCAUUUGAGAAGCUCCUAACUGUUUCCACCACUGGAAAGAAAGAUCAGGAUCAGGAUCAGGAUCAACUGGCCGAGGCGGUGCCGGCGGAAGAACAGGAGCCACAAGAGAAAGAGGAGAAUAAGGUGAAGAGAAAGGUUAUGAGAUGGGCACUGCCAGGGUUGCCACUUCCUAAUGAUGCAACUGAAAGAACUCAGGAAGUGUCUGGUUGUUCUUCAUUUUGCCCGCCACAGGCGAUUCUCACAUCCGAGAGCCUUGGCUUGGAUCCGAAGGCUUCAGUUUCGUGUUCAUGGGAUAGCAGCCGUGGAAGUGUAUCUAACAGGACUUCUAAUGGAGGUAGAAGAAGCAGAAGAAAUAGUUUGGAAUCAACUAGCACCUUUGGGGGAAGCAGGUGGAAGAAGAAGCAGCAGCUGAGAGUCACCAGCCAAAAACCAUUCAAGCUAAGAACUGAGGAAAGGGGGAAGGUGAAAGAGGAAGAAUUUGUGAAGAAGAUACAUGAAAUGAUGACAGAGGAAGAGAAGCAAAGGAUACCAAUAGCCCAAGGGCUUCCAUGGACAACAGAUGAACCUGAGUGUUUGGUAAAGCCUCCUGUCAAAGAAAUCACACAGCCGAUUGACCUGCAGCUUCACAGUGAUGUGCGGGCAAUGGAUCGUGCUGAGUUUGAUCAUCAGGUUGCAGAAAAAUUGAGUUUGAUAGAGCAGUACAAAUUGGAGAAGGAGAGGCAACAAAAGAUGGCAGAAGAAGAAGAAAUCAAAAGGUUAAGGAGGGAGCUUGUUCCAAAAGCACAACCGAUGCCUUAUUUUGAUAGGCCUUUUAUUCCAAGGAGGUCUGUGAAGAAUCCAACAAUACCUAGAGAGCCCCAGUUUCACAUACCACACCACAAAAAGAUCAAGUGUAGCUUAUCCUCUUUGAGCGAAUUGAGUCCAUAAAUCUGCAAAUUUUGUUUGUUAUAAUAAUAACUGAAUAAUGUGUUCUUUUCAGUCGUCCUGUGAACAAUAUUCAAUUUUCUUCACGGAGCGCAACCAAUGUAGUUGCAUUUUUUUCAGUCA